GCCCGCACUUUGCAGGCGCGGCGGGACUGGGAAUCCCUGGCGCUUGAGGCAGUCGUAUCUCCUCCUCCAGAGCUGGGCGCAUGAUGGCGGCAGCUGCCGCAGCAGAGGUGAGCAGCGCCGGGAGCAGCAGCAGCGAUACCUCCAGCACUGGCGAGGAGGAGAGGAUGAGGCGCCUUUUCCAGGCCUGCGACGGCGACGGCGACGGCUUCAUCAGCAGGAAUGACUUGCUGAUGGUGUGCCGCCAGCUGAAUAUGGAGGAGUCUGUCGCUGAGAUCAUGCACCAGCUGGGAGCAGAUGAAAAUGGAAAGAUUUCCUUCCAGGAUUUUAGUCAGUGUCGCAUGCAACUGGUGCGAGAAAUCAGGAAGGAGGAAGUGGAGCUUUCUGUGAAAUCAGAUGACUCUUGUAAAAAGAAAAAGUUAAGAGAUAGAAUAGCUUCCUGGCCAACUAGCAGCAAUAACAGUUUAGGUGCCUUAUCAGGAGCCAGAGAAAGCUGGGAGUAUGAUUCAGGAGCAAGAGAUCUUCAGAGUCCAGACCUUCAGAGUCAUUUUACCCUACAAAAGGUAUUGGAGAAUGGUGGAAGCAAUGUGGCUAAACAAGCUGCUCUGCAGAAUCUUCUAUCUCAGGCCUCGAAUUAUAGCAGCUCUGUUGGAGGAAACUACUUGGAACUUGCCAAUACUCUUCAUUUAGCAGCCCUGGCAUCAUUAAAGGGAGACAUUGUGGAGCUUAAUAAACGUCUGCAACAAACAGAAAGAGAACGUGACCUGUUGGAGAAGAAACUGGCAAAAGCACAGUGUGAGCAAUCCCACCUAAUGAGAGAGCACGAAGAUGUGCAGGAGCAGACAACGCUACGCUAUGAGGAGCGAAUCACAGAGCUGCACAGUAUCAUUGCUGAAUUAAAUAAGAAGAUUGAUCGAUUACAGGGAACAACAAUAAGGGAAGAAGAUGAGUAUUCAGAGCUGCGGUCAGAGCUCAGCCAAAGCCAGCAUGAGGUUAAUGAAGACUCACGCAGCAUGGACCAGAAUUCUGUUUCGGUACCCGAGAAUCAGUCCACCAUGGUCACUGCAGACAUGGAUAACUGUAGUGACUUGAAUUCAGAACUACAGAGAGUGCUGACUGGUCUGGAGAAUGUUGUCUGUGGAAGGAAGAAGAGCAGUUGCAGUUUAUCAGUGGCAGAAGUGGACAGACAUAUUGAACAGCUCACGACUGCCAGUGAACAUUGUGAUUUAGCCAUUAAGACAGUAGAAGAGAUUGAGGGUGUCCUAGGACGUGACCUUUAUCCAAAUCUGUCUGAAGAGAGAUCUCGAUGGGAAAAGGAACUUGCUGGCUUGCGGGAAGAAAAUGAGAGCCUCACUGCCAUGCUCUGUAGCAAAGAGGAGGAGCUGAAUAGGACCAAGGCCACUAUGAAUGCUGUUCGUGAAGAAAGGGACAGACUGCGUAGAAGGGUUCGGGAACUGCAAACUCGUUUGCAAAGUGUGCAGGCAACAGGCCCAUCCAGCCCGAGUCGUCUCACUUCUGCAAAUCGACCCAUUAACCCCAGCACAGGAGAGCUGAGCACAAGCAGUAGUAGCAAUGACAUUCCCAUUGCCAAGAUUGCUGAAAGAGUAAAGUUGUCGAAGACGAGAUCAGAGUCUUCAUCAUCUGACAGACCUGUCUUAGGAUCAGAAAUCAGCAGCAUAGGGGUGUCUAGUACUGUGGCUGAACAUUUGGCACAUUCCCUUCAAGACUGCUCAAACAUCCAGGAAAUCUUCCAGACUCUUUAUUCACAUGGAUCUGCUAUCUCUGAAAGUAAAAUCCGAGAGUUUGAAGUGGAGACAGAGAGAUUAAAUAGCCGUAUUGAGCACCUGAAAUCCCAAAAUGACUUGUUGACUAUAACACUGGAAGAGUGCAAGAGCAAUGCUGAGAGGAUGAGCAUGCUUGUUGGGAAGUAUGAGUCCAACGCCACAGCCCUCCGGCUUGCAUUGCAGUACAGUGAACAGUGCAUAGAAGCAUAUGAGCUGCUGUUGGCAUUGGCAGAAAGUGAGCAAAGUCUCAUUCUUGAGCAGUUCAGAGCUGCAGGAGUUGGUUCUGUUGGUGACCAGACAGGUGAUGAAAACAUCACCCAAAUGCUUAAGAGAGCUCAUGACUGCAGGAAGACAGCUGAGAACGCAGCAAAAGCCUUGCUGAUGAAACUGGAUGGGAGUUGCGGGGGAGCCUAUGCAGUCACUGGCUGUAGUGUGCAGCCUUGGGAAAGCCUCUCAUCCAACAGCCACACGAGUACUACAAGCUCAACUGCAAGCAGCUGUGAUACGGAGUUUACAAAGGAGGAUGAGCAGCGACUGAAGGAUUACAUCCAGCAGUUGAAAAAUGACAGAGCAGCAGUGAAACUAACAAUGCUGGAGCUGGAGAGUAUUCACAUUGAUCCCCUUAGUUAUGAUGUUAAACCUCGUGGAGACAGCCAGAGGUUAGACCUAGAAAAUGCGGUCUUGAUGCAGGAACUUAUGGCUAUGAAGGAGGAGAUGGCAGAGCUCAAGGCACAACUUUACCUACUGGAAAAAGAGAAGAAAGCAUUGGAAUUGAAGCUUAGCACUCGAGAGGCCCAGGAACAGGCUUACCUUGUCCAUAUUGAACACUUGAAGUCUGAAGUGGAAGAGCAAAAAGAGCAAAGAAUGAGAUCUCUCAGCUCAACCAGCAGUGGAAGCAAAGAUAAACUGGGAAAGGAAUGCAGCGAUGGCACCGCAACACCGUUAACACUGGCAGAGCUGAGACCAUACAAUGAAAGUGAACUGACAGCUGAACUUACAAAUGCGCUCAGGCGAGAGAAGAAACUGAAAGCUAGAGUGCAGGAACUGGUGAGUGCUUUGGAGAGGCUCACAAAAAGCAGUGAAAUCAGACACCAGCAAUCUGCAGAAUUUGUUAAUGACCUGAAAAGGGCAAACAGCAACUUGGUAGCAGCAUAUGAAAAAGCAAAGAAAAAGCAUCAAAACAAGCUGAAGAAACUGGAAUCGCAAAUGAUGGCCAUGGUGGAGAGACAUGAAACACAAGUCAGGAUGCUCAAACAAAGAAUAGCUUUGCUAGAAGAAGAGAACUCUAGACCACACACAAAUGAAACUUCACUUUAAAUGCAUCUCUUUCAAAGAUCUUAGUGCCAUCACAGAUUUCUUUAUUUUAGAGGCUGGCUUUUAGGUUGCUUCAGCGCUGAGAUCUGACCUAUCAACACAGGCACAGUUCAGCACCAUCUCUCAGAUCUCAGCUGUCCAGCCAGGAGUUAUGGGGAUAAUCUAAGCAUUAACUAAGUACUGUUUGAUAAUGUAAAAUGGCAGUGCCUGAAUUAUCAUGCUAUAAUUAUGUUCAUUGUCUGUGUCGUUAUGUCUUUACUCAUACAGGUUCUCUUCCAUUUUAUGUCCUAUGGAUGAUAGUAGGACAUAGGAAAAUAGUUACUGUUGAUAGGUUUUAAAUUUGGGCAGGUAAUCUGAGUUUUUCUGAUUCCCAAGUCCCUCUGCACAUGGCUGUACCCACGACACGUUCAGAUGGUUAAGCCGUCUAAACAGAAGGCUGCAGUUCAGGAAGCUCAUAGGCUUGUUUGCUUUGUGCUUCACAGUAGCAUGACUGUUAACUAACAGUGACAAUAAAGUAGGAAAGAUGCUUUUGAUUUGGGGAGGGGAUGAAACAGUUUUUAAAACAAGUUGCAUCUCUUCAAAAGACGGUUUAUUUCGUAUGAGUCUGUAAGAGGACUAAAGGCUGUAAGUUUUUCCGUGCCAGAUAAAUAGUCUGUGCCAAGGGUGGUUCAGAGAUUGCAAGCCAUCAUCUGCUAUUUAUUUAGACUGCACAGUGUUUGUUUGCAAGUAAUUUGUGGAAGUUGAGUUUUCUUGUCAGUACAUGAUAGCCAAAAUUUUCCGUAAGAGGGUAGGCAGCCUUUGUCACUUAUAGAGAUUUCAGCACAUCUUUCUUUUGUCAUGCGGUAGAAUGACAUCUUUUAAUACUUUUAACCAAAAAAGGUACUCAGUAGAAAUGUACCUGUUUCAUAUUGAAUGCAUACAUGCAAAACUAUAAAUGAGUAGGUGUAUGGAUGUACAGCCGCAAACAGAAUGUGAAUGAGGUCUUCAUAGAGCUUUGUAGGUUAACUUUUGUUAAUUUUACUGUUCUUUUGUUUAAGCCACAUCAUGUUAGUGCAUUAUCGUGUGACUUAGUUGAGAGAUGUUGGCCUAUUGUAUUAAGUGGAGCAUGGGGAUUGGGCUGAUUUCUCGACAGAGCAAAGAUGGGAGACUGCCCGAGUUCCCAUUUUAAAUGUUGUUUUUUCUUGAGUGAGUACAGAAGACAGUUUCCUUGUUUACACUUGUUUUUAGUUUGGCUAAACAUUAACAUUGUAAGCCUGUUGCUGUUACUCUUGUACGUUGCAUUUUUCAAGCUCAGUUCUCUCCAGUAACUCAGAAUUCAGUUGUCCAUCAUUGUUUUUAUGUGCUGAAUUGCACCUCAAGUUCUAUUACAUGUAGAAUUACAAAAACUUCUCUUAUUCAGUCCUACAAUUUCUAGUUCAAGCAAAGUAUUUUUAGAGGAUUGGUUUUAUCUACUAGUGGCUUAGGUUUACAGGCAUGAGAAUUUAUUUUCAGAAUACAACGUUGUUAAGUGUUGUUUUCAACUUAAUCUGGAGCAGUUUCUGAUCAUUACUCCUCUGAUUUCAUUACUGGCAUCUGUUUUACUUACUGACAAACAUACCUGGCAAACUCCUAAAGCAUGCUGGAGGUAAUUUCUGUUCUACUGUCUACCUUCUACUUUCUUCCUUCCUUAGGGUAGUAAUGAUUAGUUAUACUUCACUGGAGUGUGAUAGAUGAGCAAAAAGCCAGCACGCUCAGUGGUUGAUUGCAGCAGCACAUUAAAACAGUGCUAAUUUCAAAACUGAGUUGUAGGUAGUGAUGCCCUGGGCUUGGGUUAGAUCAGUCCAUUCUGUCAAGCUAAUUGUACUUCUUAACUUACUUAUAAUGCAAAUGGAUAUUUUUGAAACCAGACUAUUGAGGGAAUAGAUAGUGUUGCUCUGGUUUUGCUAAAUGUCCUGGUUAUCCUUGGUCAACAAGUUUCUUGUCAACAGCACUUUUUGUUUUUGCCAUGUGGCUGACCACACUUGUGUCUGAAGUAUACACCUGAUCAUUUUCUAUGCCGUUUACAGUUUUGUCUUCUUGGAUCUAGAACACCCAUCUAGUGUGAGGUCAUCUCAAAUAGUCAGAGUGAAAUAAACCUUUCACUUUAAGAUAGUUAGACAGUACUCUUACAUGGGCUUUCCUUAUGCCCUGUUCUGUUCCUUGGUAGCUGAAGAAGCCAUUAAGUUCAUGUAAUGCAAUAAAGCUUAAAGCAUUUGAACCUGUCUUUAUAGGCAAGAUGUACAUUAGGAAGCAUAGAAAAUUGCAGUGUUCUUUGCAGCCUAAGGCCUAAUGAUUUGCUGGUUCUGCACAAACUGAAUGAUGUUUUACUACCUUUGCUGUGCACCUUCCCUACCAAGAGCACUCUAAAAGUGUUCCACAGUGAAUUAUAAAUCAUUAACUGUAUAUAAGCCACAUUCCUUUUCUUCCCAUAGGACGUAAGUAGGACAGCAAGACUGGUAUCAGACAGCCCCAGCAGCAGCUGUAAUUUGCCAAAACAAAAGUUACUUUGCCUAAACCAUCAGCUACUGCUUGUCAGCAUUCUACAGUAGGGCAGCAGGGUCACGGUGAAGGGCUUACUGCUGUUGUGGAAACUGUUAUCUCUGAUUAAAAUGGCUCCAAUCCUGUGACUGAGUACCGAGAAGCAAGUUGCAAGUUGCCUUUAAGUGAACUGGUAGCACAGCAGUGUAUGGACAAGUACUUCAUCACUGACACAAAUCAACUUGAGUGACCCAACACUUAAUUCACCUAACACUUGUGGAGUUAAUACAUUAGCAAAGCAAGAAAAAUAGUUUAUCUUGGCAAGAACCACAAAUGUUUUUCACUCAUUAAUCUUAGGGUGUCUUAUUUCUUAAUUGCUGGAGUGCAUGAAACCUUUUAUUUCUUUGUGUUCAGAAAAAAGUACUUUUUUUUCUAACUAAGCAUAUAAAUCUUCACCAGCUUGAAUGUACUGUUAGCUAUAGCACAUGUCUAAAAUUGCAUUAAUUAUGUCAGUAUUGUUCUGCUGUUUUUAUUAGAAGUUUCUCAUUUAAAACCUCAUUUAAUACUGUACCAUACAUUGUAAUUCUAGAAUCUUUUCACCUUGCUGAAAUAGCUUUAAAUGUGUUGCUGGUUUUUAGUCUCUUAGCUGCUGUAAAAUAGCUAUUUUGUGUUUAUUUGAUAUAGAAUUGUAAAAACUGCAUUUAUUUAUACAGAGACAUUUAUAAUACUUAUUUUACAAAUGUUCUUAUAUUCUGAAUAAAUUUCUAAAGCUG